AUGGCUGAGAUGUGGCAAGGGGCGGCCUUGGCACGGUGCCCAGGCUGCGGGCAAGGGGGCCGCAAACGGGUUGUCCAGGGGGCUGCGCGGCAGAGGAGGGGUGCGAGGCAGCCCCGCAGAAGGGAUGUGCGGAGGGCUGGGGGCUGCCUCAGGAGGGAGGGGGCAGCAGUGCGGGGUCUACACCCCCUAACUGCGCCCCAGGACUGCAGUGUCAGCCGCCGGAGGAAGACCAGGCUCCUCUGCGGGCGCUGCUGCUGGGCAGGGGCCGCUGCCGCCCGGCGCGCGCGCCCCACGGGGGGGAAUCCUAAGGAGAGUAAACCCCAAGUGGGGACCACUCGCCAACAGGACACGAACCGCAGAGACCAACAAAGGAACCUGGGGACCUCUACCACUCCGGCCAGGCCCAAUCCUGGAGGUGUCCAAGACACUGAGAUGGGCCCAUGCCGCAAACAUCUGGACUCAGUGCUACGGCAACUCCAGACCGAAAUCUUCCGAGGGUCUCAAACUCUCUAUGUGCCUAAUUGUGACCAUCGGGGCUUCUACCGGAAGCGGCAGUGCCGCUCCUCCCAGGGGCAGCGCCGAGGGCCCUGCUGGUGCGUGGACCGGAUGGGCCAGCCCCUGCCAGCAUCCGCGGACAGCAAUGGCGGCUCCUCCUGCUCCGCAGGGAGCAGUGGCUAAGGCUGGGUGGGGUCCUGCAGGGCCACUGGCAGGAGCCUGGGGCUGUCAUCUUGGGUCAUUUGUUGAGUAAUGAGUAACUCAGUCCCACAUUCCACCUUCAGGCCCUGCCCCAUUGCCCCCUUAUCCCUGAGACAUCACACAUGGAAAAGUUGUUGGUGUUGGCUUGGGGUGUUAAUAAAGCUGUUUUGGGGGGCUCUGGUCUA